AUGCAGCAGAAUCUCUCGGCUAUGCAGAACAUCAUUUCGCAAAGGCUCCUACUGGCCAAGGAAUACGGUACCUCUCUCGCGAUUGAAGGUGCGUUCCGGAAGGCGGAGUGGGAAAGGGAUCGCGCGAGACGCAUGGGACAGACUCGAGGGGCGGGAUCUACCGGAGCAUCGACCUACGCCACGAAAAACUCGCCGUACAUCGACUGGAGCCCUAUCAAAGUGGCCGCGAAGCCUCCAGCCGACAUGUUGCCAUCCACCACCGCCACUCGGCCACGAAGUAGAACGACGAUCCCGGUCAUGGGUCCCACAUCGAUGACGGAGAGCCCGCUGAUCGUACACUCGAGUCUGUACCACCCGUCGUCCAUCGGUAACAUGCACGCUGCCUUUGCAAACCAAGACUCGCCCCCUGCCGCCUUCGACAAAGUCGCCCUGACGAUCCAACACCGCGUCCCCAAUCCCGUGACCGGGACUUCCGACCCCUACCACGCGACCGUGUCGGUCCCUUCGUCUGUCAGCCUCAACGAACUGAAACAGGCUGUCUGGGCAGGCAUGCAGAACGACAGCACAGGCAGCGCACCGCAAGCGCUUGCUCUCAACGGGUGGAUCGAAAGCCUUGUCGUUCAUUGGGAUGUCGACAAGCAGGUUUAUCAUCAUUUCCCCCCAACGACGGAACUCAGAGAUGAGAGUUUGGAGACUAUGUUGGUGUGUUUGAGGGAUGUGAAGGGGUAUGAUUGGGUUGAGGUUGGGUUUGAGACACCCUGCGGUAUGCGCACGCAUCGAUCCAGUGCUUCACAUCAGUGCUACCGACUCAUCAAAAGCGUAGCGUUUACGAUCGAGCUGAUACCGAGAAUUGUCAACAUGAAGCAGCCCAUGGUCGAGAUGGAAGGCAGCGGUUACACGAUGACGCCGCCGCCGGACGACCUCGCAGAAAGGGGAACCUUGGAUAAACACGGAAAGCGCCGGAGUCUGCUUCGGGAGAUAGGCCGGCAGAAUCGACCGCGCUCUCGCUACACAUUAAUCUAUCUCUGGAAAGAUAUGGAAGACGCGAAGAGACGUACAAGUCGCAAGCUGGCAUAUCCAGCGAACCCACCAACCCUGAAAAUGAGAAAUCCACAAAACAAAAACAAUACAAUACAAAACAAAACAAAACAGCACUGGCAACAAAGAUACCCAAGAACCGGAGCCCAAUCAACCCAUCAACUCGACCAAGAAACCCCACCACGGAGACCUCAUCGCGAAGCCCACGGCCACCCAUCAGCAUGGCCCGCAGCAGCGAUGAGCGGGAAUCUCGGCGCAACGAACACGAAGUCGCGGAAGUAUAUCGCGGACCCAACGGACAGAAAGGACAGGAGGACGCACCUGACUCGGCAUCCGAACCGCGGCCGGUGA